AUGUUUGCCAAAUCUUUCGUAGCUGUUUCACCCCAGCAUCCAGUUGAUUUAUUUGACUUUGGUGAAAUGUCAUAUGGUGUUCCGUGUCAGCGGUUCAGGACUGUUUUUAUUUCAUGUGCCUCGGUGGAUGCGGAAUAUUUCGAUCUGUAUUACUGCCUGCUUCGUGACAAGUAUCGUUGA